GUGAACCGGAAGUGCUGUUUUAAAUGUCACAAGACGUGUUUCUCUCUUCUUUUUUUUGUUCAAUUACUGUACACCCAGUUAUGGAAUUAACCCACAGUUUCUUAAUGUAAGGUUUUAUAUUUCCCAUUCAUGUGUUAAAGAACAUUAAAGGAUAAAACGAGUUAGAGACCUAUCAAAUUUUUUCCAGUAUAACAACCACCAUGGAACCCACGGCCUCGGGAAUGUUCUGUAACAGAAUGCUCAGUAUGGUCAAUUCUGAGGAUGUCAACGCCAUCAUCCAAGCCCAGAGGCACAUGCUUGACCGCUUUGAGAAGACCAAUGAGAUGCUGAUCAACUUCAAUGGGCUGUCCAACGUGCGGCUGCAGCAGAUGAACGAACACUUUGUGCUUCACACACGUACCCUGGUGGAGAUGAAGAAGGACCUGGACAGUAUCUUCAGGAGAAUCAGGACGUUAAAGAGCAAGAUCGCCAAGCAGUACCCAGAGGCCUUCAGCAACGUUCAUGAAUCACCUGCACUGGAGGAGGAAGAUGACGAGUUUGAUCCUGUCCUGCCCAGCAUCGCCACGACACUCACCACUGCUACAUCGGAGCAGAGCACCGAAUCGUGUGACACCAGUCCUGAUGUCAUUUCCCCAACUGUGAGCCGGUGUUCGGAAGACCUCUCCCAGGAGCAGGCAGACACGCCCACCUCUGACCCAGCCCCACCUAGCCCUGAGAUAGGCGUACUGAGGGAUGAGGGACCAGACUCAGUAACUGCAGAGUAGAGCGUCAGUAAUCCCGGCUUAGAGCUCUACUCUGUACUGUGGAGGAGAAUCCGUUGCCCAGGCCCAGGGCUCUACUCUGUACCUGUCGAGUAGCGCUUCCAUAACCCAGGCCUCUGCUCAGUCCCUUUGAAGUAGAGCUUCUGUAUCCCAGGCUUAAAGCUCUGCUCAGUCCCUGCGGAGUAGGGCAUCCGUAACCCAGGCCAAGGGCUUUACUCUGUACCUACAGGUUCGAUAGAAACACCGGCAUGCAGCAGGAGGUCAAUGCAAUCUACUGUCUUUAGAAUUGUGGCCACAUAGUCUAGUUAGUCUGGUCUGAAGCAGUGGCUGAUAUGAUUGUCAGGGUGUAAACCAGCACACUGUUCCCUGUAGGAUCUGAGAACAUUAGCAGAGUAUACAUUACACAAGAUCCCAUUUGUAGAUCUGCUUCUUCCAUGUGUGUUACAAACAGUGAAAAUACUUGAAUUAUUCUGUGUGUUGUGCACUGAAUACUGUGUUAGUGGCACAGGAGCACUGUCCCCAGCUAUUUGUUAUUUGCGUUUGUGUGCACGGGAGUCUUUUUAUACAUUUGUUUUUCUUGGAAAUAUGCACUCUUUGAAUUGAUGGUGACCCUUUAUUGUUCAUGGGCUUUGGAAGCCAGAAUCUUAAUCACAGUGGUAUGACAUGCCAAAAUAUGCUUAUGCGUUUGGGUAUUAACAUCUAUCAGUGUAUUUUCUAUUCUAUUGAAACCUCACAACUCCAGUUAAUUUUUUUUAGAUUGUGCAUAUUGUUUGUGUUGCAGCAUAGAAAAGUCCAUUAUGGUUGUUUUUGUGGUAUUUCUCAGAUAAGAGUUGUACCUACAUGAUUAAUGAAUAUGCUACUUUGCAGAUCUCUACAUAAGUUUGCAGUAAAGUGACUGAAUCUUUCAAAGUGUUAUCUGUAUCCUGAAUACUGGUUAAUGUUUACUCAAUUCUAUUUAUUAGUUUGUGAAAAAAAUAAAUAAACCAUAC